UGGAACAAUACGCACUGAUAAUAAUCCUGAAAAUUCCCUGAAAGAGUUUCGUGCUAAGAAUUCUAUUUUGGCUUCUAAGCAAGGUUGUUCUUCAGAUCGGGACGAAUCUAACGGCGAUAAAAUCAUCAAAAUCGGCUCAAUGGAUUGUUCGCAAUUGUACUUUGAAGUUCGAGUAACGUUCGUUUACAUGAUCUGUAGAUCACAAACAAAAAGUAAACAACGCUGCCCGAACUUCAAAGUGUAA